GCGUCGCACACUGUCGGGAACCAGGCGGACGGAGCGUAGUCUUCCCCUUUUUUUGCCCGGGAGAAAUCACAAGCGCAGAGGGAAGAAGACGUUAAGAUCUGACACGGCGUCGAUCGCAAAGACACCACGGACCCUGGCUAAUUCCAUAAGAAGGCAUUAGACUCCUGCACAGCCCUUAUUAGAGGAGGCUGGAUCGCACAGUUGGGCACUGCUCUGCUCCUCUGCUCUCCCGCUUGUCAAACCCAAAUCCCGAGUAGCCAACGCGCGUACCUGAAAGGACGAGAGGGUUGGUUUUAGUCCGUGUGGCGUUUUUCAGUUGGAUUAUCACUUUCACCAAAUACACACACAAGUGGGCAGACGACGCCGAAGUCAAAUAAAGGGAUUACAAUUGUUUGUAAAGCUCUCGGUUGUGCUUGCAGCGGCAGCGUGCCCGUCAUCUUCUGUGAGCACAGAGAAAAGUGCUGAGAAAUCUGCUCUACCUGUACUUGGGACUGAGUAAGGAGCUUCUCAGCGAACUGCACUUGACAGGAGCAGCAGCAGCAGCAGCAGAAGAAGAAGAUAAAUCUUGGGAGACCGAAUUCGUACUUGAGCGGCUGAGGGGAAACUGAAAAUCCUGCGAAAAUGCCUCUCGCACAGAUCGCGGAGCCGUGGCCCACAAUGGAACUAGUGCAGCUCGAAACAGAGAAUGGGCAGAGCACUGCUGAGGAUGGAGUCACGCCUGCUGUCAAGAGGGAGCCUCAUAUUACCUGGAUAGAGAGAGACUUUGCCAAUAUUAGAGGCCAGGAAGAUGGAGACAUCAAGGAGAUCAACAUCACCCAUGUGGUCAAAGAGGGCUCAGAGAAGGCUGAUGCCUCUCAGUUUGAGCUGCUCAAAGUUUUGGGGCAGGGAUCCUUUGGCAAGGUGUUCCUGGUGCGAAAGGUGACCCCUCCAGAUGCCAACCAACUCUACGCCAUGAAGGUCCUCAAGAAGGCCACACUGAAAGUGAGAGACCGUGUGAGGACCAAGAUGGAGAGAGACAUUCUGGCAGAUGUCAACCACCCAUUUGUUGUCAAACUGCACUAUGCAUUCCAAACGGAGGGGAAGUUGUACUUGAUCCUGGACUUCCUCAGAGGAGGAGAUCUCUUCACUAGACUCUCUAAAGAGGUGAUGUUCACAGAGGAGGAUGUGAAGUUCUAUCUGGCAGAGCUGGCAUUAGGACUGGACCACCUCCAUAGCCUGGGCAUUAUUUACAGGGACCUUAAACCUGAAAACAUUCUCCUGGAUGAGGAGGGCCAUAUCAAACUCACAGAUUUUGGUUUGUGUAAAGAAGCCAUUGAUCAUGAGAAGAAGGCUUAUUCCUUCUGUGGUACGGUGGAGUACAUGGCACCAGAGGUUGUGAACAGACAGGGACACACCCACAGCGCUGACUGGUGGUCGUUUGGAGUACUAAUGUUUGAGAUGUUGACAGGAGCGCUGCCGUUUCAAGGGAAGGACCGCAAAGAAACUAUGAACCUAAUUCUGAAGGCACGUCUGGGAAUGCCUCAGUUCCUCAGUGCAGAGGCCCAGUCUCUGCUUAGGGCUUUGUUCAAGAGGAACCCUGCCAACAGACUGGGAUCUGGUGCUGACGGGGCAGAGGAGAUCAAACGGCACGGUUUCUUUCACACCAUAGACUGGAAUAAACUCUUCAGGAAAGAAGUAAAGCCUCCAUUCAGACCGGCGGUGGCCCGUCCAGAUGAUACUUUCUACUUUGACUCCGAGUUCACCUCCCGCACUCCUAAAGAUUCCCCUGGCGUGCCCCCGAGUGCUGGAGCACACCAGCUCUUCAGAGGCUUCAGUUUCAUUGCAUCGACUCUAUUGGACGAGGAAGGCUCAGUGGAGCCAGUGCAACCUCCGCUACAUCCAGUGGUCCAGCUCUGUCAGCCCGUCAAGCCCCCCCUCACCGCCGCUCUUCAAAUUUCAACUCUUCCUCUGCAGCAGUUACACGGGAAGAACCUGCUGUUCAGCGAUGGCUACGUACUGAAGGAAGAUAUCGGCAUGGGCUCCUUCUCUGUCUGUAAACGAUGUGUCCAUAAAUCCACCAACACAGAAUACGCUGUCAAGAUGAUUGAUAAAACCAGUACAGACCCCUCUGAAGAGAUUGAGAUUCUGCUUAGAUACGGACAGCAUCCCAACAUCAUAACACUGAAGGAUGUGUAUGAUAACGGUAAGCAGGUGUUCAUGGUGACGGAGCUGAUGCGUGGAGGCGAGCUGCUGGAUCGGAUCCUCAAACAGAAGUUCUUUUCGGAGAGAGAGGCCAGCGCUGUGCUUCACACCAUCACCAAGACUGUAGAGUACCUGCACUCACAGGGGGUGGUGCACAGAGACCUGAAGCCCAGCAACAUCCUCUAUGUUGACGAGUCCGGGAAUCCAGAGUCAAUCAGGAUCUGUGACUUUGGCUUUGCUAAGCAGUUGCGUGCCAACAACGGCCUGCUGAUGACCCCAUGCUACACUGCUAACUUUGUUGCACCCGAGGUGUUGAAGCGUCAGGGCUAUGAUGAGGGAUGUGACAUCUGGAGUCUGGGAGUCUUGCUGUACACCAUGCUGGCUGGUUUUACUCCAUUUGCCAACGGACCCGAGGACACCCCCAAUGAGAUCCUAAACAGGAUAGGCAACGGUCACUUCAGCCUGACUGGAGGCAACUGGGACACUGUGUCUGAUGCUGCCAAGGAUCUUGUGUCCAAGAUGCUUCAUGUGGAUCCUCAUCAGAGACUGACUGCUAAACAGGUCCUAAAGCACCCCUGGAUAGUCCAGAGAGACAAACUACCCAACAGUCAGCUCCCACACCAGGACCCCAAACUAGUCAAGGGUGCAAUGGCAGCCACCUACUCUGCCCUGAAGAACUCCCAACCAACUCCAGAGCUCAAGCCCAUUGAGAGCUCCUUCCUAGCCCAGAGGCGUGUCAAGAAGCUUCCCUCUACCUCCCUGUAGAGACUCAAAACAACCAGUUAUCUCACUGGAGACUGACCAAAACUGCACCUCCUGGCUCCAAACCACCCAGUCAGCUUGCUCGGGGACUCACUGUCCACUUGUCACUACCAGCCAAGGAACACUGACUGUGGUCCUGCCCCCAUUCUUGUGACAUCAGUUGUCCUGCUCUUGCUAUCAUCCUCCUUGUUGCUCGUCAGCUGCUGUUAGCCAGUCUCCUUGGACUAGGGAAAGAUCCUGAAGAUGGAUGGGGCAAUGACGGCAAAAAAAAAAAAAAAAAGAAAAGAAAAGGAAAAAAAAGGGGUGCAGGAUUUUGGUAGAUGUAUUUGUGCUGCGCGACUGUACGUUUGAGUGUGCGUAUGGGUGUGUGAGUAUGUUUGUGCAUGACCUGCCACAGAGCCAAUGCAGCCACGUUUUCGAUUGUGACAAUGAAAGUUUUCUCUCCUCAUUGUUGCUGUAAUUGGUUGUCAUUCAGCUUGCUGCACGCCUGUCUGUCUGCCUGUUUUGUUGUCCGUCUUCCUGUUCUUUUUGUAAAGUUGAUGAGCUUUAUAUUACCGGUUGUGCUGCCAAAUCAACCUGUGCUGACAGCACAAAUCCACAGUACUGUCCAACUGCUGUUCAGUGUUUUUGAAAGAGCAUUAUUGAUAUAAAUAUUAAACAUUUCUGCCGUAAUUGCCUCUUUGGCUUUGGUACAGCCAGGACACGGUUAUUCUGGGAAAUGUCAAAUGCUGAUGUUUUGGUUAAUGUCAAUCUUUGCUUGUAUUUUGUUGAACAGAGAGAGUGUGUGUGUGUGUGUGUGUGUCAGUUGCAUGACCUGGUGUGUGAGUGCGUGAGUUGUGUGCGUGUGUGUGGGAGUUGCGUGCGUCUGUGUACUGUCUUGCGGGAUGCUGCAGGGUCAUGUGCAUGGUCCAGUGACGUGAUGCUGUCAUGUGGCUUCCUUGUUUCUUUCCUCUUCCUUCUCUCUGCUUGGUCCACCUGCUGGCAACCAUUUGAGAUGUCUGUUAUUUUUAUUACUACAACAACUAGUCUAAUAGGUGGCUUUCUGUGAAAGAAAACUUGCCCAAGGAAAAAUGUGGCAUGUUAAAAUUCUAUAUUUGCUUUGUUCUCGUUUUCUCCAGUUUUUUCACUGUGUUUGUUUGAUAAUGCAUAUUGGAUGCUGUUUCCUGUGUUUGCUGCUUUUGUUGUUGAUUGUUUUUUUUUUCAUUUUGUCCAAAGAAAGUGGUGAUUUAAAGUAGUGAAAGACAUGCUGAGCACAUCGCAGUCUGUGGGCUUAAUGCCGUACAGGUCUCUUCUUCUGUUUUUCGAUACGUAAGGAAGACAGGCUGACUGUUGUCUUUAUGGAAUUGAGCACUCAGAGGCAGCCUCUCUCUCCCUUCAAUUCUCUGUCAAGUCACUGGUUGUUAAUAUCACACUGACCUACUCUUAGUGUGGAGUAUCUUCAGCCAUCUUGUGUUUCAUGAUCUUUGAAUUAGCUGGCUUGUUUUCAUUUUUUUUAUUUACACUGAAUUUGAGACAUCCUGAAGAAAAGUAAAUGUGUGUCACUGUAAGUAGCUUCAUAGGGUAGGUCCUGCUUUCAGCUCGGUGCCUAGGCCUACAGGUGAGGCAGAAUGUCUUACAUGGAAAACACACAUGAAAACAAACCAAGCAGCCAGAAGAUACUGCACAUGUGUAGAAGGGAAGACCUGUGUGGCUAAAUAAUCUAUGAACCAGCUGUCUUACCUCAAAAGGGAUCAAAAUUAUAUUAUAAUUAUUGUUCAGUGGCAAAACUCUCCUUCCUUUGACUAAAUUUAUGGUAAGUAAGAUGUUAUUGUAUGAUAAAGAUGAAGAUUUUUAUAUCUUACAAAUAUUAAAAACUGAGUUGCUACAACAAACUAUCUCUCGGUCUGU